GUAAAAGAAAAGGAAAAUAGAAUCUACAAAUUAUCCGAAAUUAUUCAGGGAUUUCGGGUUAUUGUAAGAAGAAGAGAAUUAAAAAAAGAAUUUAAAAGAAAGGAAACAAAGCUGAGAACUGCUGCCUCGUCUUCAACUCCGAACUCAGCACCAAAGAGAGGUGUUUAUUACUUUUUUUUGGCUUGGGGCUCAGACUGACUCAGUAGUCAUAAGAGAGGAGCUUCAACUUUACACCUUUCUGGUUUAUAACGGAAAAGGAAGAAAGGUGAUUUAAGUUUUUAUCACGUCAUUCUUCUUCGAUUGGGUUGGCGGCGGUGCUGGGAAAUGGGCGGUCCGGGAGGAGGACAGCCGAGGUCUUACCCUUUGAAUCCGAAUGAUUACAAGCUCCUUGAAGAGGUCGGUUACGGCGCCAGCGCCACCGUCUUCCGAGCGAUCUGUCUCCCUUUUAAUGAAGUUGUGGCCAUCAAGUGCUUGGAUCUCGAUCGCUGCAACAGCAAUCUGGUUUCCCCUUCUCCUCUCCUCUUUUUUCUUUGUUUUCUUUCUUGUUUUUAUCGCUUACUUUAGCUAAGUUUAUCAGUUAAGAGGCUUUUAUUCAGUUGGCUCUCGCUGCUCUGGGCUUAAUUUGAAGCUGAAUUAGCUGAAUUGCUUGAAUUUUUGUAUCACCAUUUGAAUUGAGUUAGCUAGUUUUUGUGUGUGUGUGUGUGUGUGCGUGUCUGUGUGUGUGUGUGUGUGUGUAAGUGAAUUCUACUUGGGAAAUUGAGAAUGAAAGUGAAUUCUGUUUGCAUGAUUAAUGUGGCGUCUGUUUGAUAAAUGGUAAGAGGUGGAGGAUACUCCAAGUGAUUCUUUUGGUUGCCCAUGGCUUUUGUUUUAAAAACUUCCUGUCCAAUGAGAGUAAUCAUAUUCGGGGCGCGCGUGGUUAGUCCUUGAGACUUCGUUUAGUUAGUGAUCAGUGUGGCGUUAACUUAUCCACCUCUCUCUCUUUAUUGCAGGUAUGAUGAAUGCAUAUAGUAAGUUAGCUUAACAAGAGCAAUUAUAUUCACAGCUAAAAAGUUGUGGUGACUUUGAUUAGUAACUGGCGUGGCAUUCAUUAAUAUUCUAUCCUUUUAAUUGUUGAUAAUAAUAUAUGCUGUAUUUAUAUUGUGAAAAUAAGCUUAAUGGUACACCGCUUUUAAGUAAAGUCAACGUGUUUAUUGUUGCUCAACAAAUGAUGGCUCAAUUUAUUGAAAACUCUCAGCUGCAUUAAUUGCGCUAUCUUUCUUUCUCUCUCUCUGGUGCUGACGUCAUAAGAUUCAUACGUAAUAUAUAAUGCGCUAAGAAUCUGAUUUCGUAUUUUGCAGAAGUUACUGAAAUAUAUUUAGUUAAUAUAGUUGUGAUCGGUUUAGGUUAAUGGAAUGACAAGUGGCUGAAGUGGGAAAUUAAACUAUUAAAGUUCCAGCUUUUCUAUCUUCAACAUGCAUCCAUUUACCUAAUGUUGUUGCAGAUGUAUUUAAUAAUGAAUACCUGAUUGUAGUUAAUGCAAUUGUGGAUUUUUCUAUGGCAUUUUUGUAUGCUGAUGUCUUUAGUAAUUCAGUUUGUACAAGCUGAAUAACAAAUGCUAUUCUAGAGCUUUAAAAGUGUUAAUCUUUGCUAUCUCAUCAAUAGCGAUGUUCUGAAAGCUUGGAUCUUUGAUUCACGUUGUAUGAUGCUUCUUGUGGUAUCUGAUUUGGUCUAAUAUUUAGCCUCGAAUCAGCUGCUAGCCUCUUGGUGGAGUCCACAAUGUAUUUGCUUAUGUGUCAUUUUAAUGUGAUGGAAAUUGGCCGACUAAUUGAAAAUUAAUGAGAGCGGCAAACCCUAGCCGUAGGGAGUUAAGAGAGACAAAAUCUUUGAAAGCUUAAACUAUAAUAAUCAGAAAACGUGAAUAACUAAACUGCAGAACUUCUCUAAUUAUAGAGGUGUCCUGCUUAUUCCUAAAGCUACUAAAUUGCUGAUUCCAAUCUGCAUGAAACAAAUGUGAUUAGCUAAAUGGAAAACUAAACUAAAAGGAAACUUUUCUUCUAAGAAGAUUCUAGCUAUUUCUCAAAAUCUAACAUGAAGAUACCUAUACUUUCCUGCAUCUCAACUUCCAUGACCAGCUAAUGAGACACGGUAUAUCAUCCUGCUACUGAGCUCCCACAGACUCUUUUAUGUUUUUCUUUCUUUGUAAAAGACAGAUUUGUAUCCGGGAAACUCUUUAUGGUAUCUUUCAACAUUGAGAAUUAGUGACUACGAAUAAAUUAUUUCUGAAUCUUGCGUACACAUUCAUGAGCUACAUGUACAUUUGCUCUGGUGGACUUGUGUCUCUUGUCUCUUUUAUUUGUACGUUAGGGAAUGUUCGGCUUUUUUUCCCCCUUUAUUUAUGCUUUAUUUGAAUGCUUACUAUCACCAAAAAAGAGUGAUGGUUUUCUUCAUUGUGAAGAUUAGAUGCAGUUGGUGUAGUGACUAAUUCAAUCUGCUAGUAAAAUUCAAUUUUGUAGUUUUACCUAUUCUGUUAGAUAUUGCUCUGGAUCUGCUUUCAUCUCUCAUGAAGCAAAUGCAUGCUUGGUUAUCUGCAUCUAUCUGAUGAAAUCUUUUUUCCAGGAUGACAUCCGUAGAGAAGCUCAGACUAUGAGUUUGAUAGAUCACCCAAAUGUAAUAGGAGCAUAUUGUUCGUUUGUUGUUGAGCACAACCUUUGGGUGGUUAUGCCUUUCAUGGCAGAGGGGUCUUGUUUACACCUGAUGAAAGUAGCAUAUCCAGAUGGGUUUGAAGAGUCAGCAAUUGCGUCUAUCUUGAAAGAAACCCUUAAGGCUCUUGAGUAUCUUCAUCGACAUGGUCAUAUCCAUCGUGAUGUCAAAGCUGGGAACAUACUAAUGGACAGUAAUGGAGAGGUAAAGGUUGCUGAUUUUGGUGUCUCGGCGUGCAUGUUUGACACAGGUGACAGACAGAGAUCAAGAAAUACCUUUGUAGGCACUCCAUGCUGGAUGGCACCAGAGGUGUUGCAGCCACAAACCGGAUAUGAUUUCAAGGCUGAUAUCUGGUCAUUUGGAAUCACAGCUCUGGAGUUGGCUCAUGGUCAUGCACCCUUCUCAAAAUACCCCCCAAUGAAGGUUCUGUUGAUGACCAUACAAAAUGCACCUCCAGGACUUGAUUAUGACCGUGAUAAAAAGUUCUCUAAGUCAUUUAAAGAAAUGGUUGCCAUGUGCUUGGUAAAAGAUCAAACAAAGAGGCCCACAGCGGAGAAGUUAUUGAAACACACAUUUUUCAAGAAUGCAAAGCCUCCAGAGCUUUCUGUGAAGAAACUCUUCGUCGACUUGCCACCUUUGUGGACUCGUGUGAAAACGCUUCAGAUGAAAGAUGCCUCACAACUAGCAUUGAAGAAAAUGCCUUCUGCCGAACAGGAAGCAUUGUCACAGAGUCAGUAUCAGAGAGGUGUUAGUGCCUGGAACUUUGACAUUGAGGACUUGAAAAUCCAAGCAUCACUGGUGCAAGAUGAAGAUGAAAAUGAAAUACCAGAAAUCAAAGAGCAGGCAGAUCCAAAAGUAGAUGUGAGAAUAAAGAAAACAGAUGUAUCUGCUUCUGAAUCUGGUUUAUGGAGAUCAAGAUCGACCAAUAUUCUAUACAGUGAUCAGAUAAAUGGUGAUAAUAAGGGAAGUAAAGUCAUUGAAGAUGAUUUUAUAGAAUCUGACAAUCAAACGAAGCCUUUACUGAAGAAGAGUGUAUCAAAAGCCGAGUUGUCGGUGCCUGUUGCAGAAACGGAUAUAUCAGCUAAGUUCAAAUCCCAACCAAAUAAAAGUCGUCAAACUCAGAGUGGCCCACUUAUGCCUGGCCUGGUUGUUGGUCAGUCAACAUUAGAAAGAGUGCGGACCGCAGAAAGGUCUGACAUUGAAACUCAGCAGCCAGUAGAAAAGACUCCUCAAGUACGAAAAGCGCCUAGCUUCAGUGGUCCGUUAAUGUUACCAACUCGAGCGUCGGCAAAUAGUUUAUCUGCUCCAAUUAAGUCAUCAGGAGGGUUCAGAGAUACUCUAGAUGAUAAAUCGAAGACAAAUCUAGUGCAAAUAAAAGGGCGUUUUUCAGUGACCUCAGAAAAUGUUGAUCUUGUAAAGGAUAUUCCAUUAUGUACAGUUCCUCGAAGAUCUUCUCAGGGGUCACCUUUGAGGAAGUCUGCUAGUGUUGGAGACUGGAUAUUUGACUCCAAGCACAAUCCAAAUAGUUACAUACCGAAGGAGAUGGGGAAUAGCAGCAUGCCAGCUUCUGUUCUGAUGCCUCAUCUCCAAAAUCUUUUCCAGCAAACUUCACUUCAACAGGAUCUCAUUGUAAAUCUUCUAAAUAGCUUGCAACCAGCUGAGGUAGCAGAUGUCCCUCAAAAUGGCAAGUUGCCUCCAGUACCUCGCAUCCCAGAGAACAAUGGAAAUGUUGAUGCUGCUUCUACUGAAAGAGAACGUUUGCUGCUUACCAAAAUUUUUGAGCUGCAAGCAAGGAUGAGUAAUUUGACGGAUGAACUAACCGCGGAAAAGAUGAAAUACAUUCAAUUACAACAGCGGAUAAACAUGAUAUCUAGUCAGGAAAACGGCGACAAAAGAGAAGUUGAUUCUUAAAGACUAUAAAAGGAUGUUGUACAAUGUACAUUUAACUCUGUGAAUAUUCAGAAGAUUCAAGUUAUACAAAGAAGUACUAGGGUUCUAUGGAGAGUACCUUUCUUUUAUUUUCGCGGCGUUCUUCAUCUGCCGACUCAGCUGAAUAGUAACUUCUUGUAAGCCAGUAAUCAUGAGGAAACGGAAGGUGAAUUCAGGGGAAAAUUUUUUUUUUUUUUUUU